CCAGGCGGACCGCAGACACACCCAGGCAGCCCACCCUGCCCAGGACCUGGGGAUGCGGGGCGGGAGAGCGCGGCCGGCGUGGGAGAGCUUUAUGGGGCUGCCCCCUCGAUCGUCUGCGAAGUGGGGCGCGGGGCAGUCCCUGGACCGGCUCUGCUGUGCUCCGGGCAGUCGGGGGCUUGCGGGCGCUCCGGGGAGGAUGCGGGCACCACUGGCUGGACGGUCGCAGCCUGCAGGGGGCCCUGGGGACAGCCUGCCUCAUCCCCCCGGCGGGCUCGGGCCAGGUGGCAGCGCCUGGGCUCGCCGCGCGGAGGCGGCGGCUUCUCGGGCUAGGGGCGGCGGCAGGGGCGGCCCCGGGAUCACAUGGGCGGAGGCAGGUCCAGGAGCCCCGGGCGGGCUCUCCCCAGAGUCGGGUAGACGGCAGCGGGAGCGGUGGCGUCUCCUCGCCUUCCCUCCCUCCCGGGCCUGGGCGCCCAGCCGGACAGGUGAGCGGCAGCCAGGUGAGCGCGCCCACCUGCGCCUCUCCGCGCGGCCCGCCCUCCCCGGCGCCGGGCUCCUCUCCGCGCCCCUGUCGGCGCGGAACCCUGGCCUCGUCCGCGGCCCAGCUCCCUGGAGCCUCGCAUCAGCGGGGGCGCCCCCGCGAGCUGCGCUCUCCCCGGCCGGAGCGCUCCUCCUCCAGCCCCCAGCCCGCAGGGUACUUUGCCCUCGGAGCGAAGGAGGCUCCAGAACUGGUAGAGCCGGGCCAUCGGGCUGGGCACCUCCCCGCGGCGCCCGCAGCGCGGAGUCCACUGACCGGCUCAAAGGUAUGGCGUUGACGGUGGAUGUGGCCGGGCCAGCGCCCUGGGGCUUCCGUAUCACAGGGGGCAGGGAUUUCCACACACCCAUCAUGGUGACUAAGGUGGCCGAGCGGGGCAAAGCCAAGGACGCUGACCUCCGGCCUGGAGACAUAAUCGUGGCCAUCAACGGGGAAAGCGCGGAGGGCAUGCUGCAUGCUGAGGCCCAGAGCAAGAUCCGCCAGAGCCCCUCGCCCCUGCGGCUGCAGCUGGACCGGUCUCAGGCUACGUCUCCAGGGCAGACCAAUGGGGACAGCUCCUUGGAAGUGCUGGCGACUCGCUUCCAGGGCUCCGUGAGGACAUACACUGAGAGUCAGUCCUCCUUAAGGUCCUCCUACUCCAGCCCAACCUCCCUCAGCCCGAGGGCCGGCAGCCCCUUCUCACCACCACCCUCCAGCAGCCCCCUCACUGGAGAGGCGGCCAUCAGCCGCAGCUUCCAGAGUCUGGCAUGUUCCCCGGGCCUCCCCGCUGCUGACCGCCUGUCCUACUCAGGCCGCCCUGGAAGCCGACAGGCCGGCCUCGGCCGCGCUGGCGACUCGGCGGUGCUGGUGCUGCCGCCUUCCCCGGGCCCUCGUUCCUCCAGGCCCAGCAUGGACUCGGAAGGGGGAAGCCUUCUCCUGGACGAGGACUCGGAAGUCUUCAAGAUGCUGCAGGAAAAUCGCGAGGGACGGGCGGCCCCCCGACAGUCCAGCUCCUUUCGGCUCUUGCAGGAAGCCCUGGAGGCUGAGGAGAGAGGUGGCACGCCAGCCUUCUUGCCCAGCUCACUGAGCCCCCAGUCCUCCCUGCCCACCUCCAGGGCCCUGGCCACCCCUCCCAAGCUCCACACUUGUGAGAAGUGCAGUACCAGCAUCGCGAACCAGGCUGUGCGCAUCCAGGAGGGCCGGUACCGCCACCCCGGCUGCUACACCUGUGCCGACUGUGGGCUGAACCUGAAGAUGCGCGGGCACUUCUGGGUGGGUGACGAGCUGUACUGUGAGAAGCAUGCCCGCCAGCGCUACUCCGCACCUGCCACCCUCAGCUCUCGGGCCUGAGCCCGCCAUGCCCUCAGCCUGCCUCACUGCUGGGCCAGGGUCAUGCCUAUAUAAGUUGGCAUGGCAGGGACAAUGGUGGGCAGUUACUCUUACAUGAGCUAAGUUUGGAGACCUGAGGCCCCUUUGUCCUCGCUGGGUGGGCCAAGGUCUGGGACCUGUCUUGGACUGUGGGAGACUCACCCUCACCUUGCCAGGCCUCUCCCCUGCAGGACUGGCAUUGCACUAGUCUGAGGUGGCCACUGCCUUUGAUCAACCUUUGUGUGCCAGGGUCUAAGUAGGGUCGAACACAGAAGUGGGAAGGAGAGGGGUGGGCCAGGGGCUAAUGGUGUCACUGUGUAAAGUUUUUGACAUACUAGCUCUAUAAAUAUAUGAAUAUGGACAAAAUAAA